UCGUAGAGGCUGUGGCUUAGGGUUCUUCUGAUGGCCUCCCUCGAGAUCGUCGACUACGUGAUGCUGGAAGCUGCGGCAAGUGAUGUAGGGGUCAGGGAGCGUGUCGUUAGAGCAUUAGGAGGUGCAGGGAUGAUUGCGGUACGUAACGUUCCUGGCUUGGAGUACCUCCGCAGCGUACUUCUUCCUCAGGCUCGAACUUUGGCGCUAAUGCCCGACUUAGAUCGGAAGUCAGUGCUCAAGGAGAAUCUCCUGGGAUCAGAUGUACCACUAAAGCGAAAGGACAGACUUGUAUCGUCUUUUGUCGCCCAGCUUCCAGUUUCUCGUAGCGAGAUCGACCGGACACCCGAUCAGCUCGUACUCAAGACGGGUGAGUUGUUCAGGCAUCUCGGCUACAGGCUAAUAGACGUGGGAGUCAGAGUUGCUCGGGUCUGCGACACAGCUCUCCCGGGACUGCAACUUGAGAAAACAAUUCUGGGCUCUCAGACAGCUAAAGGCCGGCUCAUUCACUACCAUUCUGAAUGUGAAAGGCUUCCUCGACCGGAUCCAGCUCAGAGGGAGUUGAGUGGCUCAGAGUUUUGGCAACAGUGGCAUUAUGACUACGGAGUGUUGACAGUAUUGACAGCACCGGUGUAUAUCAACGCUUCCGGAUCUGUAGGACAGAGUCAUUCCUCGUUGGUUGCGAUGGAUAGUUGGACGGGAUCAGUAACUGCAGUGAAUAUACCGGAUGGCAGUGUUUUGGUCCAGGUGGGAGAAGCUGCGCAGAUUUUCUCUGGUGGAAAGCUUCGCGCUACCGCUCAUUGUGUCGUGAAGCCUCAGCUCGACCCGGAAGCCAGCAGAGAGACGUUUGUAGUAUUUUUGCAGCCUGCAUGGGAUAAGGCCCUCUCUUGUCAAGUAGCACUGGAAGACGGUGACGAAACAGGCAGCGGGGAUAACAGGAUCAGUGUGAUACCACCUCUGGAGACGAGAUGGAAGAAAGGUUGUACGUUUGCUGAGUUCUCAAAGCAGACAACAGGGCAGUACUAUGGCUCGAAGGGAAUCCAAUCCAACAAAACGUGAGCAGUGUGAAAACGGCAAAGCAUCCACUAACUUAUGCGAUCCUCAAUCAGGCAGCCGUAAAGUUCUUUCUGUUGCUGCUGCACUGACUUACAGAUUGACGAGCAAUCUCAAUACGUUUGUAUUGAAAAGAAUGGUGGCUGUCGGUGGUGUACAAACUUGUCCUCUCUCAGCAACCAAUGGUGCUAGCUC